AUGGCUGGGUUAAAUGCUUUCAACUCCUUCAAAUGGCUCUCUCGCAGCUCAAGAGGCCUCCUUUCUGGGAGUGAGGCUACAAUGCAGCGAUACCUUUCACGAUCGAUAAGCACAGAAACACCUGCUACUUCCGAGCAGUCCGCGCGCGAGGCCCUCCUUGCCAAAUGGGCACCGAAACCCGUCCUGGCGACCACAUAUUCAUUCCCGUCCAUGGAGCCCGUGCGCUUCGUACAGUACACUGAAAACAAGCUCCUGAUGCCUCUACGAAAAGAUUUACUGCACCGCGCGGUUGUAUACGAAGGAGACAUGACCCGACAAGGUACAGCCAGCACCAAGUGGAGAGACGACGUUCGUGGAAGCCAUAGGAAGUUGCGGGCACAGAAGGGAUCAGGUCAUGCCCGUGUUGGUGAUAGACAGUCACCUAUUCGAAGGGGUGGUGGUGUUGCCUUUGGGCCCCAUCCACGGGACUUCUCGAGCGGCCUCCCGGCUAAGAUGUACGACCAGGCCUGGCGCAUUGCGCUCAGCUACCGGUUCAGGCGAGGCCAGCUCAUCAUCAUCGACAAUGAGAUUGACAUUCCCGAAGACGCCACACCGCACUUGAUUGAGGAGAUUUUCAAGGUGAACCGAUGGGGGCGCGAGUAUGGCCGGUCAACACUGAUUACGACCCGAGAAUCUCCUCGGCUGUUUGAUGCGGUGAACGAAGUUGGAAAGCACGCGAAGAUCCUCAGCAAGGAUGAUGUGGAUGUUAAGGAUCUGCUGGAGACGGGACGAUUGAUCAUGGAGAAGAGGGCUCUGGACAGACUGCUCUCUGAACAUUCCCGGGAUAUCAAGCCCAGGCUGGCAAAGGCAACCUAG